AUGAAGGCAGAUUACUUUUAUGCUGUCGCAUCUCUAGUAAGAGUCGCGCUGGCGGCCGAAGCCCAACAACCCCUGAGCGGAAAAGUGAUCCAUGAGAACGUGAAAUCUCCAACUGUGGACCUGAACAAAAUUAUCGAUGAAUCUCCUCUCUUGUCAUUCCACAGAGACAUUGUGCAGAUCUCAUCAAUCAGUGAACAUGAAGAAAGCGUUGGAAAUUUCCUCUUGGACUUCAUCCGCUCACACAACCUAACCGCCGAGAAACAAAUCAUCACCCCGGGGAAUGAUACCGAGCAAGAAAGAUUCAAUGUUUAUGCGUACGCCGGGAAAAACAGGUUUCCCUCGGUUCUGCUGACCAGCCACAUCGAUACUGUGCCACCUUUCAUUCCUUAUUCGCUUCACCCACCAGCGUCGGGUAACACAGAGAAUCUGACAUUCAAUCGAUCAGACCUGGUUAUCGCUGGCCGCGGCACGGUAGAUGCCAAAGCCAGUGUCGCGGCCAUACUAUUUGCUGCAUUGGAAACACUGAAUGUUAACCCCGACGCCUCAAUCGGGUUAUUGUUUGACGUCGGCGAGGAGAAAAGUGGCGCUGGAAUGAAACAUUUCUCAAACUCGGAUCUCAACCCAACACCACCUAAAUUCAAUACAGUUAUAUUUGGAGAACCAACAGAGCUUAAGCUUGUCGCGGGGCAUAAAGGUACUCUUGGGUUCAGGCUUAUCGCCGAAGGAAAAGCAGCCCAUUCGGGGUACCCCUGGCUCGGGAAAAGCGCGAUCUCUUCGAUUCUUCCUGUUUUAUCUUACCUUGAUACACUGGAAGAUGUUUUGCCAGAGAAAGGUGGACUUCUACGUAGUGAGAAGUUCGGUCAAUCCACAUUGAAUAUUGGUGUCAUGCGUGCCGGUUUAGCUGGUAAUGUUGUUCCUGCACAUGCCGAGGCGGCGAUUUCCGUUCGUCUAGCAGCUGGAAGUCCAGAGGAUACGAGAGAAAUUGUGAGGAAGGCGGUUAAAGAUGUGACUGGUGGUGAUAGAAGCGUCUAUCUUGACUUUGGAGAUGUCGAGAGCGGCGCUCCACCCCAGCAUCUUGAUUUUGACGUCGACGGGUUUGACGUGAUUACUGUGAACUAUGGGACUGACAUUCCCUCAUUGAACAUCAAUACCCAAGGAGGUCCAAAAGUGAAGCGGUAUCUCUACGGGCCGGGUAGUAUCCUUGUUGCCCAUGGUGACGAUGAGGCAAUCACCGUGGGAGAACUUGAAGAGGCGGUGCGCGGAUACAAAAGGCUGAUCUCGGCCGCGCUGGGUGCUCACUAG